CAAAAUGUAACCAAGGCAACCUCUUCCCUGAAGUCCGGAAUCACAGGAUGAUGGCUACCUCCACAACACAGGGAAAUGUUGCCAGGGAGAGAGAACAAAUCACUAGGUGGUGGGUGUGAGCAUUUGUGAUGCUAGGAAUAGAACAGGAAGUGAUGUUAGAAGCUGUUGAAGUAAGGGCAUUGCUGGUGAUGGUUUUGCACAGGAAAUGCUGUUUUUUGUUUCUGGUUCUCAUGGCUACAGCAUCUCUGCUUGGGUUACUUCUCUGGGCUGUCCCUGUACAACUGGCUGGUACCUGCCUCCGUUGCUGGCCAGAUGCUGGUGCAUAUUUUAUUUACGAUGCAUCCUUGCUGCUGGGACAGAAUUCAACAGCCUCUGAUCAGCUGGAGACACUUUUCCUGGGAGAUGUCAAAGAGCUUGCUUCAUACGGCCAAGGAUUUUUGGAACGGGAACAUAUGGAGCGUGAGGCUGGGAAUCUGUUUCAUCAUCUUGAACAAAUUGUACAGAAAAGUCAAAAAAAUCAUGAAGAACUGAUGAAGGAGGCAGAGUUGGAACAAAAGGAUUUUAUCAAGCGUUUGGAAGAAGCAUCUGAUCUUUUUGUAAAGGAAAGUAUGUACCUCUUCUCUCUCCCUCUCCCGGAUUCUUCCAUUUCUGUUCAUUCCAAAAGUGGUUUCAUGCUGAGCCAGAUCAUGGAUCCUUCUAGUACAAAACUCUCUCUGCUUGUUGAACUUGGGGUGUUUUACUUUCUACAGGAUGAGGGCGGCUGGUCUAACAGCAUCUCCCCCAUCACUUCCACAGGCCAAUCUCGGUUCCGACCUUAUGAAGUGGCCCAGUGCAGAAACUGCCAAAUGCUCAAAGCCUCCUGCUAUGACCUCAGAAUAUGUGCAGGUGAUUGCCUUUUGCCAAUUUUAUCCCCCAUUUCGACCCAAUAUUGUUGCAGCAGUCUUGAUAACACUUGCGAUCUUGCUGGGGGCUAUGGGAGCUGCCGUGUGUCUGACGAUCACUUUCCCAUUCAAUUUCACUUGUGGCCUACAAUGGAGCAGCUUAAGACUGCACUCACAAUUCCUCUGUACUACAGGCUCUACCGUCAUAUAAAGGCAGCAGAAGAAACUGAAUCGCAAGAUGAUGAUGAUGAUAAUGAUAAUGAUGAUAAAGAUAGUUCAGAAACUUCAGAAAGCUCAGAAAAAUCAGAAGAGGCUGACCCAGCUUCUCCAGUAGUAAACUAUCCAAGCCCCCCAGAAAUCAACUUCCCCAGUCCUCCAGAAUUCAACAAUCCCAGUCCUCCAGAAUUCAACAACCCCAGUCCUCCAGAAUUCAACAUCCCAAGCCCCCCCAGCUUCUAACGAUGCCAAAAAUUAAACUGUUUAUAGUACAAAAACAUUUGGAAUUAUUUCUCCUCACUUCUGCAACAUCUCUCCUCCUGCAGCUUCACAGCGGCAGGGCAGCCUCAAGAGAGCCCACACAUUUCAAGGUGGAAAACUCAGUCAUGAAUCAGGAAGUAACCAAGGGCUGAUUGAGCCAAGAAUACAGAGUGACCUAGCCCUUCAAUCCUAAGUGCACAAGCUUGGCUCAGGAGAAUCUUAGUGCUACCAUGAUACCUCCCUACAUCAGACAUCCCAAAACAAAGAGUAAGAGCUAUGCUGUGUGAGCAAAAUGCUUCUUUUCACUCCCUGGUAUCUCCGGGUAGUUAGAAAAGAUUUCAACCUAAAAAUACAGCUCUUGUCAUCCCCAGCCAGCUCCACCAGCCACAUGGCUUUGGGUAACGGGGCUUCAGUCCGAGCCACUCUGGAGGCAACCACGUUGAUAAUGGUUGGCCCAAGUAGUAUAUGUGUAGCAUACAAGUAAACCACAUAUAAAUGGAGAGAGAGCUAGCAUCUUUGAAGUCACAAUCAGGAAGGAGAGUAGCCAUCUUCCUUUGGUUGAGUACAAGGAGCUUCAAGACUUCACCACACCAUCAAGGCAACUGUCACUUAUGCCAAAGCACAUUUCAAGCCAUUAUUCGAUGCUUCUCCCAUCUGAGUUCAAAUCAUAAAACUGAAUCCCAAAGGUCAACCCCACAUUUUCUUUCCAGGGGGCAAGCUGCAGAGCCAUAGAAUUUAGGAUCGUCUGCAAUAAUUGACUAUUGAACUGAAAGUUGCGGCUGCCUUCAGAGCAACCUCCAGCCACAUUAUGGCUUAGUGCAAUCUUCGAACUUAGCCUUGGGGAUUUAUAAAUAAUAGCUUAUAGUUUAGCAUGUUGUAUGAACCCUAUCAACUUUCACACUAUUCAGCAAUCACUCUAAGUCUAUUUUGGGUCCAGCAAUAGGAGCACUUCUGCAAUGCUCUUUAUCGCAAACUUUUACAAAAGAAAAAAAAAAUCCAAUCAGAAGUAGCAAAAAAAAAAUGUUGCCAGAACUUGUCUAGUUGUGUGCAUGAUAUCUGGAAGCAUGUUUUGCUCUGAGGAGACCUUUCACAUUGAUCUUCCUGAAUCAAGGCAGAUUUUUUUGGAAGUCGGCUAUGCUUCUGCUUUGCUUGUAUGGAGAGGACAACUUCAUAUCCUCAGACCAGACAGGCACUAAUAUCACUUACCUCACUGCUUAUGUGGCAACACAGCCUUGGCUUAACCAGUCUCCUUCCCUGCUUCCUCCCCCCACCCCUCCAAAACCAAGAAUUGUGUAAGGAGCACAGAGGAAAAGAGGAGGAAAUCAUUCAGGAGGGGCUCAGUUUGUCAAACGUACAGCAUGCUCAGUUGGGCUGUUCUCUAGAUAUCCUGGACUGCCACCCAGCAAAGCCAUAGGAUGGGAAGGGCCAGUUUAAACAAAGGAGCAGCAGCCCACCUCUUCCUAAAGCAGCCAUUUUCCAUAAAAAGCAAACUUUCAGGGGGCCAAAGCCUUUGGGUGCCAUAGAAGAAUUUCCAUUUAUUUCAUUUCAUUAAUAGCAAUUUUUUUCUGAAGCAUACCAGAGUAGGUUAGGAACUGGGGAGGGGGGAAAUGGAAGGCAGGGAGACAGAGCCAAGGGGGAGGGUCACACACAGCUAAGGUCACUCCCCACCCCCAACAAAUGACACAAUGAUUCAAAUAUACUGAUAGGGGGGGGGGGAAUCAACCCCAGCUUGAUUUGUGGGGGGGCAGGGAGGCAUAGGAAACACAAUUCCAAGAAUUUAUUUGGAGGGAAGAGGGAGAGAGAAGAAAGACUGAACAGAUUGUCCUGGAUGCUAAUGAGUGCCCCCCCCCCCCGCAUCAAAUAGGAAUUUAUAACAGCAGCAACACA